UUACGUGUGUUGAUGUUUUUGUUUUUAUCUUGCAUGCGGUUUUUAUUCAUCAAUAGUGAUUAUUUAUUCUGCUUAUUUUGAUUUAUCAGCCACCUGAUUUGGAUUGUUUGUAUGAUUUAUGCUUAAUUGGAAGUGUAUUAUUUUACGUACAACUGGAUUCUUUCAACAACAGUACUUAAUUAACAACCUAUAAUUAGAAAAAAUUGGGAUAAUGCAAUGAUCGAAUAGCCAAGGUGAUUUGCUGAGAAUGAAUUUGAAGAAUAUAUUCUCAUCUUCUAAGUCUGAAUUACCAGUUCAGUAUGAUUAGUAUAUAAAGGAGAUUUUUAUCAUGGAAGAAAUAAUGGCUCACAAUCAAAACCAAGAAAAUAAUGACAUGGAAAGCAAUCUGGAAGAAAUAGAAGAAAUAUAUUCCUUUUCAGACGAAAGCAACGAAACAGAAAUUGAUUCCAAAGAAACAGAAGAAAUGCAUCCUCUUUCAGAUGAAAGCAACAGUGCGCUAACUAACCAAAUAGGAACAGAAAUAAUAGACUCCGUUUCUGAAGAAGGCGAAAAAACGAAAAAUAGUCCGGAAGAAACCCAUCUCCUUUCAAAAGAAAACGCCAGUGUGCAUAACAAUUUUCCUGAUGCAGAAGUAAUAUAUCCCAUGUUGAAUGACACAGUUUUAGAAGACUUUAAUGAUGAAGCUGACAAUAAAUUUAUAUGUGAUGUGUGUAAUAAAACAUUUUUGAACGUUGAGGACUUUGAACGGCAUUAUAAUAAGCAUACAAACGAAAAACCUUACAAGUGUGAUUUGUGCUCAACAACCUUCUCUAGAAAGGAGAGCUUAUAUAGGCAUAAUCGUAAUCAUGCUAAUAAAAGCCUUUUCCAGUGCUCGCUCUGUGAUGCAGUAUUCUGUUCAGAAGUUAAAUUAAACUCGCAUUAUCGUAAGCAUACCAACGGGAAACCACACUUUUGUGAUGUGUGUGGCAAAUCAUUUAGUGUGCAAAGCAAGUUAAAAACACAUUAUCGUACUCAUACAAAUGAGAAACCUUUUAGUUGUGAAGUAUGUGGCUCUGCAUUUCCGAGGAAAGAGAGUUUAACCAGACAUUAUCUUACUCAUAAAAAGAAAAACCAGUUUGUCUGUGAGGUUUGUGGUAUGGGAUUCUCUAGGAAAGAUAGUUUCGCCAAACACUGUCGUACUCACCAAGAUAAGAUCAUCUUCGAAUGCGAUGUGUGUAAGGUAACAUUCUCGACAAAGAGCAAUUUAAUGUCACACUGUCGUCUCCAUACAGACGAGAAACCUUUCAUAUGUGAUGUUUGUAACAGAGCUUUCAGUCUGAAGAGUAAGCUAAGUAGCCAUUAUCGUACUCACACAAAAGAAAAACCUUAUAAUUGCGAAGUGUGUUCUAAGGCAUUUUCUAGAAAGGAGAGUUUAACCAGGCAUUUUGUGACUCAUACCAAUCAGAAGCUUUUUGAAUGUGAUGUCUGCGGCACGGCGUUCUCCAGAAAAGACAGUCUCACCGUGCAUUAUCGAGGUCACACAGACGAGAGACCUUACGUUUGUCAAGUAUGUGGCAAAGGUUUUCGUCAGAUUGAUAAAAUGAAGAGUCAUUCUCGGAUCCACACUAAAGAGAAACCUUUUGCUUGCGACAGUUGUGGUGCAACAUUUUCUUUUAAAAGUAGUUUAACGAGGCAUUAUGAUACCCAUGCGAAGGAUAAUCCUCCUAAAUAGAAAGACAAACAACUAUUAGAAUGCUUUUUAAAUUAAAUUAUCAUUGAACUCUUAACUAAUAUAAAAAUAUUUAUAUAUAAUUUAAGAGUUUUAUCGUAAACAAGAUCUGAUUAUUUUUGCAUGUGGUUUGACAUUUGGAACAUUGCCUAUGAAAAGACAUAAGUUGUUAAACAGACUAAUAUAACUAUUUUAUAUUUAAGUUUAUAUUCAUAUACAAUUUUAUUAUUAUGUUACUGUAUUAACAUCAGUUUUUUUUCCUUGUUGAAGGUAGAUAUUUAAA